GUCAGUACACCGGAUGGUGUUAGUUAGAAUCUGGUUACAUCAUAACCUUAGUACGUCACAAUAGAUUCUGAAUUUUUGUAGUUACUUGUUGGAAUUUUUCAGUCGUCAAAGUGAAUUGGUGAAAAGCUGAUACGUGGUUUAUUCUGUGCGUAGACUAUUGUAACUAAUUGUCUCAGUGAUAUCGUGUUCAUUCAUGUUGAUUUUUAAAAUAUUUUUAUUAUUUUAAACGUCUAAAACCUCUAAACAUUGAUUUUUUAUAGUAUAACUAUGAGAAUGUAGGUCUAAAAAUAGUAAAUAGUAUAGUAGGAAACAUAAACAUUGAAGGAUAACUUUCAAUUUAAGCUACAUAAGGAUUUGAAGUGAUUUUGGAUUUGGAAUUUAUUUUGAAAGCUACUGUUGUAGAUAUAUGAAAAUCUAGAUCUGAAAUUUAUUGGACGAUAUCAUUCUAUGAUUUCAUCAACGUUACUUGAUAAUAAAGCUAAUAGGGACUUUUUAAUUUUGUUUGCAUAAAAUAUCAAGACAUUUUCAAAUAUUAGACACCUUAUUCAUUAUAUCAGUGUUUAGAUAAUGGUGAAGAUUUUAAGAAACUGCGACCCAAUGGCUGACUGCAAACCCGUUGUUUUUAUGUCGUGCUUUCUGCUAAUAUUCUGGCUGCUGCUGUCUUACGUAACCAAUUCUUAUUUCGCAAUAUUCUUGAUGGUAUCAAAUUUCAUACUUAUCUUCGGCUGUUGCGUAAGCCUAUCAGGCUAUGUGGUUGGUCAGUUGAUUGACACUCGGAGGGACGCUGGCCAAUUGAUUGAGGUAACAACAAUUAGUGCACCCCAACCGUAUGUACGACCACCCGAGUACCCUCCAACCUACGACGAAGCCAUCAGAUACAAUUGGCAACACUGCAGAAACCAAAAUGGCGCCGAUGGAGUCGUUCUAUGUAUACCAUUGGAGAACGAUCAACGAAUAACUUCAAUCUAUCCUAUGAAUCCACGAGUGAAUCCGCCCUAUGGAGCUCCAGUGGAAACCCCUCAUACACAAAUCGCUUACAAUGGUUUUCCACCAAGUAUACCAACCUAUGAGAUGUCCACUUCAACAUCAACAACGAUUGGUACUCCUUUGACAUUGCCUCCAAGGUCAAAUAUCGUGAGUGAUCGUGAAACUCCAUCUACAGAUUUGGAACCUACUCCUACAAUUCAUACCUUGACACCGCUCCAAGAGUCAACAAACAUGAAUGAUGACCUUGAAAUCGUUACUGUUAUUCCCGAGGCUUCCUCUCCUUCAAGAACAUUCACCUCAAUGUCAAGUUCCAGGAGUGAAAAUAUCGUUAGUUCCAACCUUGAAGAUCACACGACUACGUCGGUUAAUACCGAUCCACAAAAAACCCCACACAUUUCUAGGUUACGAGUUUCUUCAGAAUCGACAGAGCUGGGUUCGGGUGGAAAUGAAAGUGUUGAAAAAUUAGAACGGUUCAGUGAAUCGGUGAGUAAAGAUCAACAUGGAACAGACUUAGAAGUGAGUGCUGACCACUCUACCUCAUCUCAAGAUCUUGAAUUUCCGAGGAUGACCUCUUCUCUGCCUUCAAGGCACCAUACGUUAUUGAGUCGAUCUGUAUCAUUUCCUGGUGUGAGAUGAAGUGAACAUUCUUGAUUGUCCUUGAAGAUCCUUAACCCUCAAACUUUUAUUUUGUAAAUAAAUAGUUUUUACUUA